AGUGAGGAGGGGAGCGGAGGUAAGGGGAGGGGAACUGUUGUCGGUCCAUGACAUGAAUGAACCAUGUUCGGUAACGGAGGCUUAGCUCUCCCGGUUUGCUCCUUUCUCCUGCUACACCUCGCGGUUCUACCGCUAACGAACAACUGGCCCGUUAAGGACAGAAGUGAAGGGAGGGUGGAGCAGCGUAACAUCCAUCUACAAUCACACAGUUUUGGAAGUCAGAAUGUCAAACAGACAAGCAACAAGGAGGAGGUGUUUCAGUGGUGGGGGGAGUGGUCCAGUUGGUCCUCUUGUUCCAGGAGCUGUGGAGGAGGAGUGAGGAGUCAAGAGAGACAUUGUCUCAUACAGAGGCUGUCCACCACCCAGAACGUAAACAGCUCAUAUUGUGUUGGCUCUCCUAAACAGUACCAGCUCUGUCCAAAUCAGCCCUGUCCCAGCCCCAGUGUUAGCUUCAAACAGCACCAGUGUUCCCAAUUCAAUUCUAAAGCCUUUGGAAGAAGAUACUACCAGUGGAUACCUCUUUACCCAGCUGAUUACAUCAGCAUCUCCAAUAAGCCAUGUGACCUGCAGUGUACAACCAUCAGUGGUGAACGACAGCUGCUAGUUCCCGCCUAUGAUGGUACCUUCUGCCGCGAUACCAAAUACCAUGGAGUCUGUAUAGAGGGAAUAUGUCAGCCUGUGGGCUGUGAUGGGGAGCUGUACAGCAGUAAGACAGUAGACAGAUGUGGAGUAUGUGGAGGCAACGGGUCGUCAUGCCAGCGCAUCUCUGGAUCAUACAGGAAGGCACUCACACAGUUAGGCUACGUGUUCAUCACCAACAUCCCAGCUGGAGCUUCAGACAUUCAGAUCAUAGAGAGACAUAAGACUGAGAACAUCCUGGCCCUGUCAGAUGAAGCUGGUCAUUUCUUCUUCAAUGGAAACACUGUGUUUGACAAUCCUCAAAACUUCCGUGUGGCAGGAACAGUUUUUAAAUACCGACGUCCAAGCAGUGUAUUUUCUGAUGGGCUGGAGUAUAUUAUUGCCCAGGGACCAACACUUCAGGGCCUGAAUGUUAUGUACUACAACCUUAAUGGGAAGCUCCCCCACAUCACCUACGAGUACACCAUCCCCCGCACAUCUCAUGACAUCACAGCUGCAGAAGACAUCACCACAGGCCCCGCCCACUCCCAUCUUAACCUCACCUAUAACGAGGUAAAUGAGGAUGUCAGAGAGGAUCAACUUAGAGCAACGAAUCACAGCAGAGGCAGUGUGACAUCUGUCCAUCACUACCACACCCAGCUGGGAGCUGAUGACCAAUCAGAUGUACAGCUGCAGGAAGAAGAGGAGGAGGAAGUAGUGUGGGAGAUCAGAACACCAAGCCCUCCACCGCCAGCUGCCAUGUUGGUCUACAGACCGGCUGAUGUCACCGGUCAUGUAUUCAGCCAUAAUGAUGUUGAGGAGCGGGGACCUCCAGUGCCAUCUGGCUACCUAAGUUCCUCCAACUCGAUUGAUGAGCCAUCCACUGCUGAUGACAACAGUCUAAUGCUCUCUUUCCCAGGUAGUGAAGUGAGUGUUCAUUCUGCAGCCCUGCCAGAAGAUGCCACCUAUCUGCUACUGGAGGAUUUACAUUACAACCAGACAAACUCAAACACACACUCUGUCAAACACACUGAUCCACAUUCACCAGUAGAAACACAUGUAGAAACUUUGUCUGCCACAGACACAGAAAUACAUACCGACCCACAGUUGGAAAUACACUCCGACAUGCUCACAGUUACUGACACACACUCUGUUACACACACAGAAACAGAAACGUGCACACAUUCAGACACACACACUGCCAUCUUGGUACAACUGCAACAGGUGUCUGCAGUCCAGGCAGCCAACACAGAGAGCAAUGACUUUGAUGUGGGUCUCGACCCAGAUAUUAGUCUGGCAGACAUGUAUCGCUGGAAGGUUUCUGCUUAUGCUCCAUGCAGCUCAACCUGUACAACAGGUAUCACUACUAGCUAUGCCCUUUGUGUACGGUAUGAUAGUACUGAAGUCGAUGACAGUUACUGUGACUCUCUGACCAGACCUGAGCCCACACAUGAGUUCUGUACUGGAAAGGAAUGCCCUCCAAGAUGGGAGACCAGUGGCUGGAGUGAGUGCUCUCGAACCUGUGGUGAGGGCGUUCAGUAUCGUACUGUGCGCUGCUGGAAGAUGCUGUCACCUGGUCUUGACUCCUCUGUCUACGAUUCACUGUGUCUGUCACAUGACCUUCACAAACCAGCCAAUAGAAAGGUCUGCCUUGGCCAGAGCUGCGGACCCCAGUGGGAGGUGUCUGAGUGGUCAGAGUGCUCGGCGCGUUGUGGCUCUCGGGGUGUCCGUACUAGGGAGGUUCGUUGCUCUAUGGAAAUGAGACUAUGUAACAAGUCCUCUCAGCCAAUAGAAAGUCAAGAAUGUGAAGGCCCGCCCUGUGACAGAAGAUGGACAGUUUCUGACUGGGGACCCUGCUCAGGUGUGUGUGGAGAGGGAAGGAUGGUGCGUGCAGUGAUGUGUCGAUCAUCAGGUGGGGUAGUGAUGUCAGAGGAGCAGUGUGACCAAUCAUUGCGCCCAUUGGCCAUCUAUCCCUGUGGUGACAGAGAUUGUGCACCCCACUGGGUCGAACAGGAAUGGCAACAGUGUAAUGCUACAUGUGGGCGUGGUGUGCGGCGGCGUCAGGUGGUGUGUGCUGGGCUGGAAGGCGGUGUCUUCAAAGAGUUUCCAAACAGCAGCUGUGACCAAACCAACAGACCAGAGACCAGCUCCUCCUGCUUCCAGAGACCCUGCUCCAAAUGGUUCACCACAUCCUGGUCUCAGUGCAGUAAGACCUGUGGGAGUGGCGUCCAGGUUCGAGAAGUGAAGUGUUACCAGGGAGAAGAGCUGGUAACCAGGGGCCACAGCUGCGACUCUGCCCUCAAGCCAGAAGCCAGACAGAGUUGUGAAAUCCAGAGCUGUCCAACGGAAGCACCAGCAGCAGCCUCGGCCGCAUCAGUAGCAGUAGACGACUCCUGCCAAGACAAACCAACAGCCAACUGUGCCCUAGUCCUAAAGGUUAAACUGUGUUCCCAUUGGUACUACAGAAAGGCCUGCUGCCAGUCCUGUAAGGCACCAAGACCGUGAAGUCUUAACUGUAACCUCUCACCUCAACCCAAUAACACAAACCACUGGUACCAAAGGUCACAUUACAUUCAUAUUGGUGCUACACAAAAGCCUGCUGCUAGCAAUGUAAGGCCUUACAACAUUAAUUUUAACCUUGUAACUUUUCCUCCUUUCACUGACGUCAAAGGUCAACCUAUGGUCACUGUCUUUACCUCCUACCUGUCAAUAUUAUCCCUCUAAUCUUGUUUCCUCUCACCUAGAAUUGCUCCUAAAAGUAAAUCUGUUUUUGUAUGGAGUAGUAUCAUCACUACUAGUAACCAAUCAAAAAUACUCCUAGUGCUUCCUCAAAGAGUAAUCAGUAAAACAGUUUUGCAGAUAAAGCACACUUCCUGCUCUGUAGCAAUAUUUUACAACUGGAAGUUUAUCUAAAGUACUGAAAGCAUAAACCGCUCCAAACCCCUUCAUGUCACAACAUACAAGGCUUUAGCUCCAUCUGACAGAGGCCCUGACCAUUUACCCAGCGUGCUAUUGAAUCUAUUCACUGACCACCUGCUGCCCGGAUAAUGUGAAUAUAGACUAGCUUUAGGACAGACUGGGCUUUCUGUUCAUCUGUUUCCUUAAGUCCACAAUAGAAGAAGCAAACCAGUCAUUUGAUAAACAUCCUUCCUCUGGUCUUUAUUUCUACUUUAUUUCCAUCCUUCUCACUGUUGCACUCGCCAUUUUAAGGGGUAAAACCCCUCAAGGAUUCUUCAUCCAUCCAUCCCUGUGUCCAUCACUGCAAGUAACACCCAUCCCAUUUUAAAAGUGAUGCUCCUUAGUAAAUGUCUAUAAUCUAUCAAUUCCCUCACUUCUUCUUAAGGUGCUAUGUUCCACUAAAGAGGGUGCAUCUAAAGCACAUGAAAGCCAUAAGGCAGCUGUUGUUACUGUGGCAAAAGAAAAGGACAGACUGGACCAGGGAAAAAAUGUGACUGAGCCCCUUCAGCCUUGGUCCAGUCCUGCUAUACAUAUACAGCCCUGUACAGAGUUUGGUCAGGUUGUUCUACUGGUGCCAUGCUGAAAUGUAACUAUGCUCUUUUUUCUAACCACUCAAAAACAUGUAUUUACACAAUAUACAACAGACAUAGCCUACUGACCUAGACUGACUAAUGUAACAGGGUUACUGCCAACUUUACUGUUGUCACUUGCUCCUUUUUCAACACAGUACCAAAAAAACUUGUUGCUUCUUCAUUGUGACCAGCUAAAACAUGUCACUGCUCCAUUUUGCCUACAAAAUAGCAAACUGCAGCACUCAUGAUGAACAGUUAAAAAACAACCAAAAGAUCAAAAACAAUGCAGCAGAACCAGAGAUAUCGUCUUUUUUAUUCCAAGCACUCUCAUUCCUUGUCAAAACCUGGGGCCUACAUUACUUACAAUGCAGUUUCAGUUCAGUCAGAGAUUUUGGUGCGUUAUGCUAGUAGUGGCUAAUGUAGCCUGGAGCCGCUAGCCUCAAGCAGAGAUGAGGAGCGGGCUACAGAGGUCUAGUGAGCUCACUUCUUUCUAACUCUACACAUCAAAAUUUUCAAACUUGUAGUCUUCAGCCCCAACUGAGACUGACUCAAGUGACAUCACUUGAGGACAGAAGCAUAUUUCUAAAAAUCGUGGAAUGUUCCUUUAAAAUGAUACAAUUUUAAAAGUGCUGUAACUUCUGAGCACCUGGUUACACAUUUCAGAAAUGAUGGUUCAACAAGGAACUAAAUGAAAAUACAUCACUGGAGUUGCUGGCUUGAAAAAAGAAUAAUAGUACAAACACAACACAACCCAGAAACAGCUGUGGAGCACAAGUGUGGUACUAUACCAACAUGGCUGCCAUUGAAAACUUUUGCGGCCAAACUCUCAUCUAUCCAAUACACUGUGUACACUUGACAGUCACUGAGUCCCUGAGUGAUGUUUACCUGUUGUUUCAGAGCUGCUGUUGAUGUUGUUUUUGCUUACUGUAUCACACAAAAAGAAUAAAAGCUCAGCUGUUUUUGACAAGCA